AGACUAAACCAUAAUUAAAACGAAAAAGAAAAAUCAAAAAUCAAAAUCGAUAAAACAACCCAACGCCUCGAGACCUUUCCUUCUCAUCUUCUCCGUUGAACCAAGAUACACAAUUCCAUGGCGAAACCGUCCCGGAUUUGAAAAAAUCGACGAUCGUCGAAGAAGACACGACGGAAAAUGGCGACGCCUCUACCGGAUUUCGAGGCGGCGAGAGCAGCAGCUUCGUCGUCAUCAACCACGGCCAUUCCGAGCUCCGCACCUGCGGCGGCGAAUUCGUUCUCGGAGGACGCGGAGGAGAUAUCUCCGAUCCUGUUUUUCCUCUUCUUCCACAAGGCGGUGUGCAGCGAGCUCGAAUCGCUUCACAGGUUGGCGCUGGAGUUCGCGACGGGGCACCACGUCGAUCUCCGCCUCCUUCGCGAACGGUACCGGUUCCUGAGAUCGAUCUAUAAGCAUCACUGCAAUGCCGAGGACGAGGUGAUAUUUUCAGCUCUUGAUAUACGCGUGAAGAACGUAGCGCAGACGUAUUCUCUUGAACACAAGGGGGAAAGCACCCUUUUCGAUCAUCUCUUUGAGCUGCUAAAUCCUGCCACGGAGAUUGAUGAGAGUUAUCGAAGGGAAUUGGCUAGCAGUACUGGAGCGCUUCAGACUUCUGUUAGCCAGCACUUGGCUAAAGAACAGAAACAGGUGUUCCCGUUACUUAUUGAGAAAUUUAAGCAUGAGGAGCAAGCUUACAUAGUCUGGCGGUUUCUCUGCAGCAUUCCUGUGAACAUGCUUGCCGUUUUUCUUCCGUGGCUUGCUUCCUCCAUUUCAGUCGAUGAAAGCAAGGAGAUGCAGUCGUGUUUAAGCAAGAUUGUUCCAGACGAGAAGCUCCUUCAGCAGGUUAUUUUCACCUGGUUGGGAAGGAAAAGCGAUACUGCGGCUUGUUGUCGCAUUGAAGAUUCUCUGUUCCAGUGCUGUAUAGAUUCUUCUAGCAGCAUGCUUCCUUGCGAAACUAGUAGAGCACAGUGCGCAUGUGAGGGAUCCAAGGUCGGGAAGAGAAAGUACCAAGAGCUUACAAGUCAUGAUUCUUUUGAUGCCCAGAUGCACCCAAUUGAUGAGAUUAAGCUUUGGCACAAGUCAAUGAACAAGGAGAUGAAGGAAAUAGCAGAUGAGGCUAGGAAGAUUCAGCUGUCUGGAGAUUUUUCGGAUUUAUCUGCAUUUGAUGAACGCUUGCAAUAUAUUGCUGAAGUAUGCAUCUUCCACAGUCUUGCAGAGGACAAGAUCAUAUUUCCAGCAGUAGAUGGGGAGUUUUCAUUUUCCGAGGAGCACGAUGAAGAAGAAAACCAGUUCAACGAGUUUCGAUGCUUAAUUGAAAAUAUCAAGAGUGCUGGAGCCUCUUCUACUUCCGCUGCUGAAUUUUACACCAAGCUGUGCUCACAUGCUGAUCAAAUAAUGGAAACUAUUCAAAGACACUUUCACAACGAGGAAAUUCAGGUGCUACCCCUUGCACGCAAGAACUUCACCUUUAAACGUCAACAAGAACUUCUCUACCAAAGCCUGUGUAUAAUGCCCUUGAGAUUAAUUGAACGUGUUUUGCCAUGGCUGGCGGCAUCUUUAACAGAAGAUGAAGCUAAGAAUUUUCUGAAGAACUUGCAAGCUGGAGCACCUAAAUCGGAUGCUGCUCUCGUUACUCUUUUCUCUGGGUGGGCAUGCAAAGGACGCAAAGCCGGGGAAUGCUUGUCUCCUAACGGGAAUGGUUUAUGCCCUGUUAAAACAUUAAGCAACACUGUGUCUAUGCCAUGCUCUAGUAGGAGCAUAGAAUCUUGUUGCCAGCAUCAGGACAAAAGGCCAGCCAAGCGAACUGUUGUGUCGUCUUGUGAAAAAUAUGCCACCCCUCACUUGUCAGAAGGCGCAAAUGGGUCCAAGCCAUCUGGGAAUGGUAGGCCAUGCUGUGUUCCGGAUCUCGGAGUUAGCAGUGACUGUCUGGGACUUGGUUCUCUUCCAGCAGCUAAAACUAUGAGAUCAUCUUCGCUAAACUCUGCUGCACCCGCUCUUGACUCCAGCUUCUUUGGUUGUGAAAUGGAUAGUAACAGCUUUGGUACUGGAAACGCCGAGCGGCCGGUUGCUACAAUAUUCGCGUUUCACAAGGCCAUAAGCAAAGAUCUGGAGUUUCUUGAUGUUGAAUCAGGAAAGCUCAUUGAUUGCGAUGAAACGUUUAUUCGUCAGUUUAUUGGUCGGUUUCACCUACUCUGGGGUUAUUACAAAGCUCAUAGUAGUGCCGAAGAUGAUAUCCUAUUCCCAGCUUUGGAAUCGAAGGAGGCACUUCACAAUGUCAGUCACUCUUACACGCUUGACCAUAAACAGGAGGAGAAGUUGUUUGAAGAUAUUUACAGUGUUCUUACUGAACUUUCAGUGCUUCAUGAGAAGUUACAGAGUGAUUCUAUCAUGGGGGGCGUAACUCAAAAUGACACUGUUCAUACUGAUAUUGAUAGCGGUGACUGCAAGAGGAAGUACAACGAACUGGCUACAAAGCUACAAGGGAUGUGCAAAUCCAUUAAGAUCGCGUUGGAUCAGCAUAUUUUCUUGGAGGAACUGGAGCUCUGGCCUCUAUUUGACGAACAUUUCUCCAUUCAAGAGCAAGACAAGAUUGUGGGUCGUAUAAUCGGGACAACGGGUGCUGAAGUUCUUCAAUCUAUGUUACCAUGGGUGACUUCCGCCCUUUCUGAAGAUGAGCAAAACAGAAUGAUGGAUACCUGGAAGCAGGCAACCAAGAACACAAUGUUUGAUGAAUGGCUCAAUGAAUGCUGGAAAGGAUCACCUGACUCAUCAUCAACGGAAACAUCCAAACAUAGUCCACAGAGAGACAAUGAUCAUCAAGACAUCGUGGACCAAACUGGUCAACUUUUUAAGCCGGGGUGGAAAGAUAUUUUCCGCAUGAAUCAGAACGAACUAGAGGCUGAAAUAAGGAAGGUUUAUCAGGACACAACACUUGAUCCAAGGAGAAAAGAUUAUCUAGUACAAAAUUGGAGAACCAGUCGAUGGAUAGCGGCUCAGCAAAAGUUACCUAAGGAAACAGAAACUGCAUUGAAUGGUGAUGUUGCACUCGGAUGUUCCCCCUCUUUUCGAGAUCCCGAGAAGCAGAUAUAUGGAUGCGAGCAUUACAAGCGUAACUGUAAGCUUCGGGCUGUAUGUUGUGAUCAGUUGUUCACUUGUAGGUUUUGCCAUGACAAAGUAAGCGACCACUCCAUGGACAGAAAACUGGUGACGGAAAUGCUCUGUAUGCGGUGCCUUAAGGUGCAACCUGUUGGCCCCAUUUGCACAACGCCUUCAUGCGAUGGAUUCCCAAUGGCAAAGCACUACUGCAGUAUUUGCAAACUUUUCGAUGAUGAAAGGGCUGUUUACCACUGUCCAUUCUGCAACCUUUGCCGGGUCGGUGAGGGACUGGGAAUCGAUUAUUUCCAUUGCAUGACAUGUAACUGUUGUCUAGGGAUGAAGUUAGUAAACCAUAAGUGUCUCGAGAAAAGCCUUGAGACAAAUUGCCCCAUUUGCUGCGAGUUUCUUUUCACAUCAAGUGAAACAGUCAGAGCCUUACCUUGUGGUCACUACAUGCACUCAGCUUGCUUCCAGGCUUACACUUGCAGUCACUACACAUGUCCAAUCUGUGGGAAAACAUUAGGAGAUAUGGGGGUUUAUUUCGGUAUGCUUGAUGCACUGUUAGCUGCAGAAGAACUUCCUGAAGAAUACAAAGAUCGCUGUCAGGACAUUUUAUGUAAUGACUGUCAACGCAAAGGAACGACACGGUUUCAUUGGUUGUACCAUAAAUGCGGUAGCUGCGGUUCUUACAAUACCCGUGUGAUCAGGUCAGAAACAACCGCCCCAGACUGCCCAACCUCAUCCUGAAAACUAUGUAAGAGGUUGAUUCUUCACUCGUUUCACCUUUUUUCUUCUUCUGUUGGCUUCACUUUCUGUUCCGCACAGCAAUGUCUUUUCAAGAGCCUGUCGAUAUAAUUUUUAUUUGUAUAGUCUCUGAGAUAUAAAAGAUUUUGAAGAGUCUUAUAUUAGGUUACCACCAUACAUUAUGGCUUUUGGGCAAAGCCAAAACUCGUUUGUCUCUGAAACAUUCCCUCCUUUUCUCCACAUAUCCGCUAUUUGUUUUUCUUUUCUUGCAUGAGCUGAGACUUUCUUUGAAGAGUGUAAAUAGUUACAAUUUUUAAUGCAAAAACUUUUUAUUUCCC